AAACGGUUCACUCACAUGGAAUACGGAACGAACUUGAUGUGUACUGGUUGGUGAACCACAAUGAGUAGGGAAUGAUCUGAAGUGAACGACUGGAAAUAAACUGAUGAACGACUGAACACAUCAACAUUUGUUUUGGUGUCCUUGCAGCCGUGUGUUGGUGUUUGAAG